AUGGGCGUGGGAGAUUCUUUAGCAUUUUACUUGUUAUUGAACUACCAAACAAACGGCAGUAGCAGUAAAGAUUUUGAAGACGGUGCGGUAAUGUUCUGGAUGCGCCAGUUUCUAUGCUCGUCUAUGUUGAGGAUGGCCAACAAUCUCCAUGGGCAUCACGGACAUCACGGUGUUUCUUCUCGCUGCCAUGGACCGCCAAGAUACCAACAACGACAAAUUAAAAGUAUCUUUAAGACCAUUAAAAAUAGACGCCCAAUAUUUGAUGAAUACAGCAAUCUUAUGCCGCCUAGUUAUUUACUCUCUAAGGAAACGGCUGUUUUUAACAAGAGCGACAAUGCAUUUUGCAAUAUGAACCUUGAAAAUAUAAAAUCCGUUUUAAGUCAUCAAUCCAAUAAAGUUACACCCAUUUUGGCCGAUAGAAAAGUUGAUUCUCAACGAACUGAGCCACUACUUGAAAAAAAUGCUAGUGACGAAGUAAGAAGUGUUCUCGAAAAUAUUAUAGAAUAUUGUGGACUAGGAGGUGCCAAUCGCCAACGUGAUUUUAUAUCCAAAUACGUUACAGUAGUUUCUAAACCUAGAACUAGAAUUCGUAAAAAGAAUAAGCAUCAUCCCGCUGAAGGCCCAGAAGAGAACUACAGUACAUUUUUAGAACUGUCUAAUGAUAAUAAAAACAGUAGAAGACACAGUUCUUUUGCAUACUCUCUUGCCAAAAAUGUAAACAAUAAGGUGCAGAUUUCUAAAUACACUGCACCCAGGUUUUGUGGAGCAUUUGAGUUAGCCUUAAGGGGUCAUGAUGAAAAGGAAAAUUCGGAAAACAGAGGCAUAUUUAAGGAGCUGGUGAAUUUUAGCACCGAAUUAGACAACGAAUUGAAAGUCCAUAUUCAAUGUGCCAAACUUUUUAAGGGUACCUCAAAAACAACUCAAAACGAGCUUCUUGAGUGCAUGCUAGAUGUUUAUCAUGAAGAAGUUAAGAAGGAGAUUGCAAAUUCUCCUUUUGUUGCAGUAAUUGCCGAUGAAACGACGGACGUAGCCUGUGAAUUUCAAUAUUUGUGUAAAGGACAACCAGUUGAGAGAUUUUGGAGAUUUUACGUCCCCGACGGACACGAUGCCAAAUCAAUCGCUGCAUGCGUUUUAAAUGUUGUAAAUCCAUUACUAGAUCAAAAUCCAAACAAAUUAAUAGCUCAAAGCUAUGAUGACAAAAACAGGCUUAAAACUGAGUUACAAGUAUUAUAUCAGAGAGAAGAAUUGAGUACUACUUCUGGAGCUGUUCCACUAUCCAUUUUAUUGAACGAGGAAGGAUUAAAUUGUACGUUUCAAGAAACUCUUAAGCUCUUAAGUAUUUUAAUCACUAUACCGAUGUCAACAUCUGAAGCAGAACGCUCUUUUUCAAUGCUGAAACGGAUUAAAACUUUCCUCAGAAACACAAUGAAGGAAGAAAGGCUUAGUGCUUUAGGAAUGCUGUCUGCAGAAAAACAUUUUGUUAGUGGCAUUGAAAAUUUUAAUAAUAAGCAAAGACAAGGAAUACCAGGCAUAGAAAAUGACAAAAAUCAUUAUUAA